GUAUACUGCCAUGGUAACAGUCCCUGGUGUCAACAUAUCCACCUUUCGUAGUCUCGGGAAGUUAGGCUGCACGCGAUGAAGUUACACUCAAAUUGACCUGAUAAGCCAGAAAACCGGUUUCGUAGUACAGGCCAAAGGGCUUUGCAGGAUUCCAAACACAGAAGGCAUGUCGAGUCCUGUGCAGGAGAGAAGGCAGCAAUCAGAUUCAGCAAAAAGUCAGAUUUGGAGCGCUAGGCAGGCAGGCAAUAGGCAGACUUUGUAGAUGGUCUGACAGACAGGCACUGACAACAUGUCUUUAAAUACACAGGUUAUUUGCAACUGAAGGCUAUCAGGGCGUGCAGCAACAGGAACAGAGGCCAUGACAGAAAGAAGGUGAGGUAAAUUGAGAGCACAAAGACUGGGAGAUUACAACGUGUGAAUUAGAGACGAACUCGGCUGCCUUCAUUUUGUUAAGCUGGACUGAACCCGCACAAUGAAUACAACAAGUGUGCACAGAGGGCAAAGGUCAGCUGACUUGAGCACACCUCUUUACAACAACUUCAUCAAAGCGUCAACAUUCACAGAACCAGCAGCAACAUGGAGUUAUGUGGAGGAGAAAGACUUUGUUUUUUUACAGUUGUGCUUUAUUUCUGUGUCGCGGCUGCAAGUGAAGCACCCAGAGUUCACACGGCGCUUGGCAGUCUGAAAGGGGAGUAUGUGACUGUAAAAGGGAAGGAGACAGGGGUCUACGCCUAUCUAGCUGUCCCAUUUGCAAAGCCACCUGUUGGGCCUGGUCUGAGAUUCGCUCCACCACAGAAAGUGGAGGGAUGGCAAGGAGUGAGAGAUGCAACCAAGCAGCCACCAAUGUGCGUUCAACAUAGACAAUUCCUUAUUGAUCUGCUGGAUAUGAUUGGUGGCAUAGCAAAAGAGAUCCCAGAUAUUUCAGAGGAUUGCCUUUACCUCAACAUUUAUACUCCUGCAAAUAGAGCUCCUGAUACUAAGCUCCCAGUCAUGGUAUGGAUCCAUGGUGGAGGCUUUACACUAGGAUCAGCUUCAAUGUAUGAUGGAUCUGCCAUAGCUGCUUACCAGGAUGUGGUUGUGGUGGCAAUCCAAUAUCGCUUGGGAGCUUUGGGUUUUCUCAGCACAGGAGAUGAGCAUGUGCCUGGUAACUUUGGCCUACUUGACCAGGUUGAAGCUCUCCGCUGGGUCCAAGAGCACAUUGAAAACUUUGGGGGAGACCCUGCCUCGGUCACCAUAUUUGGAGAGUCGGCUGGUGGAGUAAGCGUUUCCCUGUUGCUUCUAUCACCAUUAUCCCACGGAUUGAUACAUCGAGCCAUUGCUGAAAGUGGCACUGCUGCUAUGGAUGCGUUCUUGUCAAAUGAUCCCUUACCAGUAGCACAGUUGAUUGCAAAUGCAUCUGGAUGUAGUAUUGAAAGCACAAAGAAGAUUGCUGCUUGUUUGAAAAAGACUGAUUUUGACACUUUUCAGACUCUUGCACAGGAUCCAAACCUAAGAUUUACGAUUACUACAGAUGGAUACUUCCUUAAAAAAACAAUAAAUGAACUAUUUGAGAAGCAUGAAAUUCUGAAAAUCCCAUUCAUGACUGGUGUUAAUGACCAUGAAGGCGGUUGGUUAAUUCCUGCUUUCAUGGCUCCUCCAAACUGGACUGAAGGAAUGGACCGGGAGCAGGUUUUAAACACAUUCGUACUCUUCAGCUCCAAUCUCGAAGACUCUAUUGUCAUGGAUCUGAUGGCGGAUGAAUAUCUCGGAGAUGGUGAAGAUCGUGUAAAAAAUAGAGACGCUUUCACCGAGUUCUUUGGGGAUAUGUUGUUUACCAUUCCUGCCAUUAAGACUGCAAAUGCGCACAGAGAUGCAGGUGCCCACGUUUACCUGUAUGAGUAUCAGCAUCCGCCUAAUUUCAUGAAAGCAAAAAGACCAAGCUUUGUUAGGUGUGACCAUGCCGAUGAACUCUUUACAGUUUUAGGGUUUUGCUUUACAACGGGCCACAUCAAGCUAAAUGCAACAUGCCUGGAGGAGGAAGAAGAACUUAGUAGAACAAUGAUGGCCUACUGGGGCAACUUUGCUCGGACAGGGUCGCCAAAUGGUGAUGGCCUUGCUUACUGGCCCAAUUAUGGCAAAGAAGAGAAGUACCUGGUCAUAAAAGCUAAAGAGCAGGUCGUUGCCCAGCAUCUGAGAAAGGAUCGCUUUGUCUUCAUGACUCAAAUCCUUCCAGAGAAGGUUCGGCUACAUCAGGAAAAGAUUGACCACGGCGAACUUUAGAAGAAUUGCAUCUAUUAUUCUGCUUCAGCUUGCAUUAUUUGGGAUUUAGUCAUUAAAUUCAAUGCACUGAUUUACUGUAAACCAACAGCAUCAAUAAACGUUGAAGGGAUUUUGA